AUGGGAUUUCUCGGAAGCGAUGAGGUCAAAGACGCGAGAAGUAAUGGCGACACUCUCGACGUCGACGUGCCGCCGCCGCUUGUCGGCACCACUGAGCGACGACUGAUGGCCAAGAUUGACUUGCAUGUGGUUCCUAUUCUGUGUUGUCUCUAUGUCAUGGCUUUUCUUGAUCGGGUAAAUAUAAGCAAUGCUGCGCUUCUGGGGCUCAAGACGGAUUUGGAUAUUGUCAAUGGGACCAAGUAUAACACAGCCUUGACGAUUUUCUUUGUGCCGUAUAUUAUUUUUGAGGUACCGUCGAAUAUUCUUCUGAAAAAGUUGAAGCCUCAUGUGUGGUUGUCGAUUUGCAUGGCGUUGUUUGGGUUUACCAUGACGAUGCAGGGCCUUGUUCAAAACUGGGGAGGGCUGAUGGCCACUCGUUUCUUUCUAGGCCUGUUUGAGGCCUGCAUGUUUCCUGGAUGUUUCUACCUCCUGUCAUGCUGGUAUAAAAGAAGCGAAGCCCAAAAACGCUUCUCGUUCUUCUUCAGCUCCACCACGCUCGCCGGUGCCUUUGGCGGCUUGCUGGCUUAUGGAAUCUCGCAGAUGGAUGGAAUCCGCGGCUACAAGGGCUGGCGCUGGAUCUUUAUUAUUGAGGGUUUGUUGACUAUAGUUAUCGCCGUUAUUGGGUUUUGGGUCAUUCCCGAUUUCCCGGAGACUGUGAGUUGGCUUAAUGAGGAUGAAAAGGCGUUUAUCAAGGCGAAAUUGGAGAAGGAUAGUGGCAAGUCGACGCAUGCACGGGCUAUUACUUUGAAGGAUACACUUAAUGUGUUUAAGGAUUAUAAAAUAUUCCUUGCAUCACUGGCAUACUUUGGGCUCAUUGUGCCAGCUUAUGGAUAUGCCUAUUUUUCAACCUCCAUUAUCAACACCUACGGAUACGAUGCCGUCACAACUCAAUUGUAUUCGGUCCCUCCAUGGGCUGCUGCGUUUGGAUUUUCUCUUUUCACUGCAUACUUCUCUGAUCGACUUCGGCAUCGGUUUGCGUUUACUGUUGUUACGAUUUGCAUCGCCAUUGCCGGGUUGGCUAUCCUGCUGAAUGUGCAUAAUCAUCAGCAUGUUCAGUAUGGCGCUUUGUUUUUGGUGACUUCAGGUACAUACUCGGCAAUGCCUAUAGUCAUCUGCUGGUUUGCUAUGAAUCUAGGCGGACACCACCGCAAGGCCGUGGCUACAGCUUUUCAGAUUGGAUUUGGAAAUGCGGGCGGUUUCAUCUCAACCUAUGCGUUCUUCCCUCCGACUUUUCGGACUGGCUACAUCAUUGCUAUUUCCUUUUCGUGUUUGGCGGGAGCAGCGUGCAUUGCGUAUGCUCUGUCACUCUGGCAUGCAAACCACCAACGAGAUCGUAAUGCGACUGUGUCGAAUCCUGACGCGCUGAUGAACGCGCAAGAAGAGGACGAUGGGAUGCUGGGCGAUCUGGCACCGAGCUAUCGGUAUAUUUACUGA